AUGCAGCUACUUCAGCUCAAGCAAGCCAUCGCACUCUCGCUGGCCGGAGUCGCCAUGGCGCAUCCUGGUGCCCAUGAGCCUAGCUCUUUUACCGAUGUUUCCAAGCGUGCGUUCCUGCACAAUGCUCACCGGAGUCUCAGCCAAUGCGCUGGACAGCUCGAGAAGAGAGGCGUCCAUGAACGAGCUGCUUCCCGCCGCGCAGCCUUGUUCGAAAAGUACAAGAAGCGCUCCCUCGGCCUCCGUGAUACGGAGAAGGUGGUGAACACUUCGCACCACUCCUCCCUCCAUGUGACGCCUAACACUUCUGAGUCGGAGCUGUUCUCGAAAGACCCAGUCUGCAUCCUUGCUCCAGAGGGUGAAGUCGGUCCUUUCUGGGUGAAGGGUGAGCUUAUCCGCCACGACAUCUCCGAUGGAGAAGCCGGAGUCCCUAUCAUCCUGGACGGUCAAUUCAUCGACAUCAACACCUGCGAGCCCAUCCAGGAUCUCUACUGGGAUGUCUGGAACUGCAACUCCACCGGUAUCUACUCUGGAGUCCAGAGCAGCAUGAACGGCAACGGCAACGACGCCUCUAACCUCGACAAGACCUUUCUCCGCGGUAUUCAGAAGACUGACGCGGACGGUGUUGCCGGAUUCAAGACUGUUUUUCCCGGCCACUAUUCAGGCCGCGCGACUCACGUCCAUGUCAUUGCUCACGUCGGCGCUCAGCUCCUUCCCAACAACACGCUGACUGGGGGACAUAUUCCGCACAUCGGGCAGUUGUUCUUUGACCAGGAUCUGAUCUCGCAGGUUGAGGCCACCUAUCCCUACAACACCAGCACGGUGGCCAUCACCGAGAAUGCGGAUGAUCAUGUGGUCAUAGUUGAAACCGAAGAUAGCGACUCCGACCCGUUCUUCGAGUAUGCUUUGUUGGGCGAUUCGAUCGAGGAUGGUAUUUUGGCUUGGGUUACCCUCGGUAUCAACGUCACCGCAAGCCAUGACUCCAGUGCUACUUGGGCUUCGACCUUGACCUCAUCUGGUGGUGUCAUCAACGAGGACUCUUCCAGCGGCGUGGACAUGUAAUUGUCGGACAGACCUCCAGUGGAGAUAGCGCCAUGACGGUGGCAAGCCUCCUGAAUUGAACCAAGGACACUGA